AUGACUCAUACUGCUGUAGGGAUUUUUAAGGUAAAGGACAUGAAGUCUAGAAAUGGAGUCUCACGUCCGGAGAUGAUGAGUAUUUCACAGAAGUAUCAAAAUUUGUGUUUGAAAAAAGGGGCAUGGGAUCCUGAUGAAGAUCAAAUAUUGAGAGCUUAUAUUAAGAGAUAUGGCACUCGGAAUUGGAAUGAGGUGCCGAAAGCUGCUGGUUUGUUAAGGUCAGGGAAGAGUUGCAGGUUUCGUUGGAUGAACUAUCUAAGGCCGGAUAUUAAGCGUGGAAACUUCAGCAAGGAAGAAGUGCAAACCAUAAUCAAGCUGCAUGAAAUGUUAGGAAAUAGUUGGUCUGCAAUUGCAGAAAAGUUGCCCGGAAGAACCGAUAACGACAUAAAAAAUUUCUGGAACACCCACUUGAGGAAGAGCUUCAACAACAAUAUUAGUAAUACUGCAGUGCAAGCACCUAAACUUGAAGGAACACAGACAUCCGAAGAAGAAUCCAAGCAAAGGAAAUCAUCGAACAUCAUUGAUGUUUCAUUUCCCACUGCUCCAAAAAUAUUGAAUUCAGAAGAUCAUCAUGUGAAUGGCAUCAAUGAAAACAAGCGCGUGGAGGACAAUGUUGGAUCACUCGAAUCAAUUGGAGAACUAAGUUUGUUGGAUCAGCCAUCUUCCAUGGAAGCGCAAAUGGGCAGGGUAGAGGAUUAUGGAGAAGCAUACACUGAUCAAAUGGGGGUACAAGAAUUGUUGGACUAUCCAAAUGUUUCCCAUAAUUUUGAUGCUGGCCAAGAGUUUUGGAUGAAUUGUUUGAUGAAAACACAAUUGCAUGGAAACAAAGUAUAG